AAUAUCAUUUUCUGCCGAUCAGGAUUCUCAACCGUCUUCAUAAAAUUAUAAACUGAAUCUAAAUAACGUAUUUAAAAAUAAUUGGGCUAAGUUUUUAAAAGUGAAGAACUUAUCGCUAUAAUGGAUUUUAUUGUACCUGUUAACGAAAUGUUAACAGACAAAAUUACUAAAUUAAACAAUACAUUAAUACCACCCGGGUUUCAUGGAGAUGUACGAAGCGUAAGGAUUAUGCAAGAAACUCUUUCAAAAUUGAUUGAUCGUUUGGGGGAACAGUCAUCAACAGCACAAAACUUGAAUCGAGUGAUUACAACAGCAGAGAAGCUCCGCAACUCACCGGACCUCAUCUUAUACAUUCUCAAAGAUGCCAGUGCUAAAGGAGGCAAAGGUGAACUAAUUGGUUUGCUAAAAGUAGGCUGGAAGCAUCUCUUUCUCUUCGACGAGCAGGACAAAGUGCGUCAAGUUGAACCCUUGUGUGUCCUUGACUUCUUUGUACUGCCUGAUUAUCAGAGACACGGUUACGGGAAGGUGCUGUUCGACCACAUGUUGAAAGAUUUGAAUGCGACGCCCAAAGAGCUGGCAAUUGAUGGUCCUUCGCCCAAGAUGGAGCAAUUUCUCCGCAAGAACUACGGAAUACAACGUCUGAUACGCCAAAAUACUAAUUUUGCUAUUUCACCGGAUUUCUUCACUGCUUUUGCCGAAACUAGCAGUAAGUCCGGGCGUAGCACUCCAGUGGUGACGACAUCAGUUGGACGCUUCGCAGCCCCGAAACCCCAGUCGGUGAUCGCCAACGUAAUUCAUGGUGACUCUGGGUACCAGGAGACUAGCAACGGCUUCUACCGUUGCAGACAAAUGAGCAGGCAAGAUAGCUUGCAACAUACUUAGAUGAUUCUAUUGUUUUUCUUAGAUGUUUUAAUGUCAGGUUUAAGGUAAAUUAUGAUAUAGCUAUUCCUAAAAAAAACUAUGUGAUACUUUUAUACACAAUCACAAAUA